CGUCGCUCUCUCUCUCCCUCCGCAUUUUCAGUCUUCCAGAAGCGACCUUGCAGGGGCAUGGAAGCUUGGACGGGCGUUACGUGGGGGACUUUUGUUUCCUUCCAUUCAAUUCAAGAAACCCCACCAGACGAAACUGCUUCAUCCCUCCAUCGGUAAGCCUAUAACCCGUUCCCGCGUCCUUUCGGAGCUCCGUCUUCGACGAUCCAUCUCCUCAAAUCUCUCUUCACGCGUUGGGUUCCAUCGGCCCCUGCAUCUCCCGACCUCCGAAUUUUCUGAAAUUCGUGCAACCCACUUCGCGUUCCUUGCAAAUUUUCCAUCUUCCGUAUUCUCUGAGGACCCGUUAUGCCUCAAUUCUUGUCGACCUGUAAGUCGGUGGUGGGAUCGAUCGUCACGCGCAAGAAUUGGAACCGGCGUGUGAUUAAGCCUGCUUCGACCUAUCGGCAGCUUCAGAGUUGCGAUCAGACGCGAUGUUUGGGAUGCAUUGCUGGUGUGAAAGCCCCUUAUGUCCACAGACCGUCUGAUGCAAACAAGGACCUCCGGAUUCUAUGGGGGAGCUUGCAUAGCGGAGACGCUGUGCAGACGAGGCGGUUUCUGGGCUGCGGAGAUGGCGAAGAAGGAGGCGAUUUGUCCAGAGUCUAUGAAGAGAGGCGUGUUCUGGGGUAUUCUCCAGUGCAGUUAUUUGAUGUUGUUGCGGCGGUUGAUCUGUAUCAAGAUUUUGUCCCCUGGUGUCAGCGCUCGGAGAUCAUAGAGAGAUAUCCUGAUGGAUCAUUUGAUGCGGAGCUUGAGAUUGGUUUCAAAUUUUUAGUUGAAAGUUAUGUUUCGCAUGUAGAGUUGAAAAGACCUCAGUACAUAAAGACGACAGUGUCGCAGAGCACCCUCUUCGACCAUUUGAUAAAUGUUUGGCAAUUCAAUUCAGGACCAGUUCCAGGAUCUUGCAGCAUUUACUUUUUGGUGGAUUUCAAGUUUCAGUCACCACUCUACCGACAAGUCGCCUCCGUGUUUUUCAGGGAAGUAGUCUCUAGACUUGUUGGUUCGUUCAGUGAACGCUGCCGUUUGAUAUAUGGACCGGGGAUCCCCAUUCAGGAAGAUGCUUAUGGGCAGAGGGCCUAAAAGCAUGGUUCCUGGUCUCAGCACAUACGGCAUAGGAGGGAAAUCGCCACAUUACAAAUUCUGGUGGAAUUAAUAAUCUGAUCGUCAAGAGAGUCGUUUGCCUUGCUGGUCUCUCCUAGUCC